GGAAACAUUGCGUAGUAUUAUUAUUCCUAUUCCGUACCAUGCCAGUCUCGCCAUACUAACGGGUAAGACCCUCGCGCUGUCCUAAUCGUCCCGAGUCCGAGGCGUACAACAGCAUGGCGCUCUCGUCGAACAAGGCCGGCUUAGCUGGCUCUCGUCGUCGACGGCGCAUCCUCAAGGGAGUGCAGGUUCCGUUGCUUCGAUCGUUCAUGUUGCUACUCGUCGUUUGGUUUUUCAACGAUACACCCUCGGUCAUCUCGGCAUUCACUCCUCGUCGUUCGUGUACGGCAUGGCAUCGCUCUUCUUACUCUCUCCCGCGGCCUUUACUUUCUAGGAACGAGUUUGUGCUCCGGAAAAUCCAAGUCAAAGUCGACAACGAGGCUCCAUCUAGAGUCGAGGACCUCCCUUCGACGGUUCCUUUCCGUAGUUCGUCUUACAUUCGUUCCUUUCUGUGGACGUAUGGUCCAUACGGAGCAUCCGCGGUACUGGUGUGGCGAGGGAUCUGGGAUCUACAGGAUAUAUACCUCUUUCCGGAUGACCUCAUCACGUCCUCUCUCCUGAGUGCCGCGAUUGGGAUUACCUUCGGAACCGUCGCCUUCUUUGCCCAACACGUCCUGAACGAUACAGUAAAAACUGUACUCGUUGCCGUUGCGUCCAUUUCGUACUGGCGAGGUGUUUGGAUUCUCUGGGAUGAAUUGGUCUGGCCACAAGACCCAACCCUGCAGAGUGCGGCUGGCCUGGCGGUCGGAUCCGCCGUCUUGCUCGCGGCCAAGUCAUUUCGACUGGGCGUUGCAAGUCCACCCAUUCUUCAUCAAAACGAUCAAAUCUAUUUGUUAGAGGACCCCUUCCUCGGACCGGCGCACGCCGCUUUUGAUGUCGCUCAUCAAGAAGAGGAAGUCCUGCACGGUGUGGACGGAGUACGUGACUAG